GCUAUCAACAUGGCGUAAUCUUAUUAUUAUCAAUAUUGCGUUUAUUCAUUGCUAUUUCUGUAAAAGUGGCAGGUUAUAAUUAUGAAGAUUAUCAUUAUUUUAUCCAUGAAUAAGAAAAUUAAUCGAACGGUAACUUGGUCGAAAUUCUAAAAAUUGAAUUGCUGCUACUAAUUUCUUGUAUUAUACAACUGUACAAACAAUAGCACGUAUACCUAUACCGAUCUUGUGAGAGAUAAGAUGGAUAACAAAGCAUCAUCUUUUGGCAUGUCAUUUUGUGAAUUCGUGUAUCAGCAGAUACGGUAGUGUCUGUACUAAGAGCACACGUAAUUAUUAUUUAACAUAAAGCAUUCAAGUUUGCUAUUUGAUCUAUAAAAUUACACAAAGAUGGGUACUUCGAGGCAGCAGGACAGAUCUCUUGGUAGUGGAAUUUCAUUGCCACAAUGGAUGAAAGGAAAAAUGGAUAAUAGAUUUGAUUUUGACGAAGCUGCAUUCAGUCCACCAUCUUAUGACGAUAGUUUCUUUUACGUAAGAUAUCCAAGAUCGCAAAAUACUCAACCACAACACGGAUUGAAGCACAUUGUAACUGAGGUUUUAAACGAAAAUAUUGCGACCUCUACGAAUCAGAUAACGAAUGAAAAAUCCAUUUCUGACUUGAAAGAAGUCAAGCAGAUUGAUUUUAGCAAACAUCCAUUGCCAUGUCAACCGUUUAUACCGGUUGUAAAUAAUACAGCUGGUGGUAUUAGAGUAGAUAAAGCUUCAGUGAGCGGAAAUGUAAAACUUAAAUCACAGGGAACGGAUGACGGUUUUCAUGGUGAACCGGCUCUUUGUGGCAAAUCAAUCGUUCAUGUAGCUAGUCAAAUGAUGUCUGGUAAAUUCACCAAAGUAUUCACAUCGGAUUCGCGUUCUCAGCAGACAGACAACUCGAUGAAAAGUGUCAGCAAAUCAUUACCAGCGACACCACUAACGUCACCAACAGGAUCUCCAGACAGUUCACCGAAAGCACGCAGAAAGCUACAUAACCGGUAUUUCACUGGUGCAUUUGUACCGGAUAAAGAAAAAUAUCAGGGUAAUUGGAUUUUGGCAAGCAUAUUAGGUCAAUCCAGAGAAGUAAUUACAGCAAAGAUAGAUGAGGAAGAUGAGCUCUUUCCAGAUAUGGAGCCACGCAAACCACUUAAUCGAAAAAAAUCAAUAUCAUCUCAAAAUCUUACAUAUAUAAGAUCUGUUUACGCAAAUGUGCUCGAAGCUAAACCAUCAGAAUUAAGAGAGAUGAAUUUUUGGUCUCCGACUUCCAUGUGAAGUUUUACAUUUUGUUUAAUUUUUUAGUUAUAUAGUUUUUAAUCAUGCUUCUACCAAAGCAUAUUUAGAUGAAUUUAGUUUAAUUCCAAGUUAUUAAUGCACAUAGUUGUAAAUUUAGCUCAUCAUAAUACUAACUUGACAACAUUUCAUAUGAGAUUGAUAUAUCAUUAGAUAUUUUAAUUGGAUUCUUACGAGUUUUUGUAAUCUUUUAAAAAUGACACAGCAUUAUUUGACUAUUUAAAACACUACAGAAUUGUUUUAUAAUUGUAUUUAAAAAAUGUCGUUAUCUCCACCAUUUCUUUCCGUUAUUGAACAUGAAAGAGAAGUAUAUGUUAAAAAAAAAUAAUUUUCUCUGUAUUAUUAUAUAUUCGUAUUACAUAAGUAUUGUAUUUGCGUACUUGUGUUAUCUAUGCUUAUGCGUACUUGUGUUAUCCAUGCACUCUCAAAAAAUGCUUUUAAGGAUUGAAAAUGCAAUAUGGUCUGUUAAUUAACUUACCUAUUCACGAAUAUCGAUAUAUUAAUAAUUACUUAUUCUUCGUACGUUACAUAUAAAUCGUGGCAUAACUAAAAUGCAUCAAAUGUAUCAAAUCUUGCAAAAUCAAGAGAUACAUUUAAAUAACAUCCAAUGUCCUGUUUUGUAAAAUGUGAUACAAUGACUUUGAAACUGAAGAUACUAUGAAAUAUAUGUUAUAUUGUACAACUAUUAUAAAUUCCACUACUAUAGAUUUGCACGAAAAGUACCGUUGAAAGAUAGAUUUUUAUCAAGCACAGAUGAGUUAUAUACGAAUACAUACAACCUACGCUAAUUGAAUUUAUGCCAAUAAAAAAAUAAAAUAACAUUUUAAACAC